AUGGCGGAACUCUCAAGGAUUUAUGUUAAUAUUUAUGUAUUGCACUUCCGUAAGUUCACUCUGUAUUAAUUUUAAACAAUGAGUGAAACUUGUAGUAUAUGCAAAUAUGUGGAACGGCCAACGUAUCAUCACUGCAAUGUAUGUAACAAUCCAGUGCAUAAUAUUUUGUGCACGACACUUCUGUCCGAUAAUGAAUGUGAUACAAGAAUUUGUAACACGUGCUCAUGAACUGUGCCCAAGAAAAAAGUCGGAAAACACCACUUAUGUGACUCGACAGAGCCGCAGAAAGGUAUGUCCAAGAAGAGUAAGACAAUUCAGCCUACACUGAGUUGUAAUGUUUACAACAUGAGCGGCCGUGUUGUAUCAGAUAUCAAUUGUAUAUCCGAUACAACACGGACGCGAAUGUUGUAAACAACUUAAAAAACGACUCAUCUUAUGAGUUCAUUGGCGAAGUAAUUUUAAAAAUAAAUUUUGUCUAAGCCGAGAAAAUCAAUGUUAAAAUUUAUGUAAAUCAACAUGAAUCUGUAUCACAUAUACAGAUACGACACGCUUAUGGAUUUUUCUUUGUGUUUUCUUCAUGAAUUAUUAAUGAGUUUUUUAAUACUGGAAAGAAAAACAAAAGAGAACGGGGAAAAGAAAGAAAUUGGUGGCUCUUCUGAAAAAACUAGCCUUAAAGAAAAGAAAGAAGAACCUAAAAGCUUGAAACCAAUUGAAGUGCAUGAUUUUCAUUUUGGUAAUAAAAAUAUUAAUAGUCAAUCAUCCAGCUCCAGCAGCUCUUUGUCCUCGUCAUCACUAGUAUCAUUUUCCAAUGUUGGCAAUUCACUUAGGCUAUGUGCUUCCACUUCAAACUCUUCUAACACUUCAAGUUCUUCAAAUGAAGAUGAAAUCAUCAAGGACUCAUGUUUUGAAUACUUCAAGAGAGAGUCAAAAGGGAGGAACUAUGUCCGAUGCAAUUUAUGCCAUAAGCAAAAGGCAACAGCUAAAGCAUUUAGGAACUCGAAGAGAAUUCCAGCUAUAUGCACUUUGGAGGGAACCAUCCCACGGAAAGUGAUCUUCAUUCAUCACCUGGAAAGUGAAAUGCACAAAAAGGCUGUUGAAGCUAAAAAAAUAUCACACUUUAGUUCACCAGAAAAAGUUGGGAAAACGCAAUUGGGUAGCAUAAUAAACAAAUCGAAUGCUCGGUUGAAGAAUAAAGUGGCUGGGUUAAUGAUCAACUUGUUUAACGAUGCAAAAAAGCUAACCCUUUCAGCUUGGAGCUGGCCUUCAAGAGAAGUUGCAAAUAUGAUGUCAAUUGCAGUUGAUGUAAACACAAGAUUUUGAGACAUUUGGCCCUUCUAAUUCAACAUUACAAUAUGUCACAUCAACUCAGCACAAUAACUUCUUAAGCUGUAUUGUUCUGGCUGACAAAACCAGAAUCAACGCAAAAAUAGAGAACAGCUUGGCGCUAUCAUUAAGAUGCGAUUCUUCAGUUGAUAGGAGGAGAAUCGACAACUGUCAUGUUCUUGCAAAUAUUAUAGAUCAAGAUGGCAAGCCAGAACUACUGUUUUUGGGUCUCGACGAACCAAAAGCUAGAGGGACACCAGGGUACGUUCAGGCUGUAAACGAUGCAGUUAAUCUAACAUCAAGUUGGUCUGAUGUAGCAAGUAAAAUGACAUUUAUUGUAACAGACAGGACAAAUUUGAACACAGGAGAUAAAACUAGUCUCUGGGCAUCCUUAACAUUGGAGCGCAAAGCAUAUGGUUUGCCAUUGUUAAUGGUUUGGUGUAUUGCCCAUCGAACUGAUCUUGCAUGGAAAGCAGUAUCAAAUAAUGUUUCCCGAGGUGAAGUUUCUUUUCUCUACAAUAGUUGCAAUUGCAUCAUAUUUCCAUUCCUCAGGAGUUCGAUCUAG